GUCACACCUCGCAACGCGCCGCCCCAUUAUUCUGUCAUGUACAAGUAGAGACGGGCACGCAGUUACGAGAGACAUACUAUAGUACUAGAUUGAGGCGUCAGCAUGCGCUGACUUUGUUGGCAGCCCGACACAGAGUCCCCGAAAUGCUGCCCUCACUCGCAUGUCUACAUCCACAUUAUGGCCGUAGAAGGGCCGCAAGCGGCCGCACCAUGGGCAGGGACCGAUUGAAAGGGCUAAUGGCGUCUGCCAUGGUCAAUUGGACCUCAGCGGUCAGGAAUUGGACUUCAAUUGUCUUGAUUUUGGGCCUCAGCAGCGGAGGGACUUGGUACACAGUAGACGCUCAGAAGAGGGGUUGGAGCAGGAAUAGCCGCCGAGGAGCUAGCUGAGAAGCAGAAUGCGAAGAGGAGCAGAGAGGAGCAGUCUUGUG